AGCGGCGCGAGCUUAAGCUUCUCACCACAUCACCGCUGCAACUUUGUUUAAUUCAAAGGCCUGAAUUGUACCUUUGAUGGCUCAUACGUAAGAUUCGCAAACUCCAGAAAAAUCCAUCGUCUCAACACCACCGAAUCUGGUCCCUUCCCAACCACCCGAUUGCCCCGCGCAGGUAGCUCCGAGAUGGACCACGACGACUUUGACAACGUCUCGUGGCAGAAUAAUCCUGCAGCACAGGGUCCAGCUUCCUCAAUCGCUAGUCCAAGAGGUGUCUCCGAAGAUGAAGGUCCGGGAAAUACAAAUGGCAAGCAAUAUGCGGCUGUUGGUGGUCAACUAGGAUCGAAUGCAGAUGCAUUGGAUUUGGCUGGUGUCGGAGAAGGAGUACUAGAAUGCACAGUCACAAAUCCACUCAAGGAAAACGAGGGCACCAAAGAUGCCUAUGUUUCAUAUUUGGUUACUACAAAUACUACAUUCCCUUCCUUCCAGAAGCCGACGACCUCCGUGCGCAGACGGUUUACAGACUUUGUGUUCUUAUACAAGACGUUGUCCAAAGAGUAUCCAGCAUGUGCAGUGCCGCCCCUACCAGACAAGCACAAGAUGGAGUAUGUCCGGGGUGACCGAUUUGGUCCUGAUUUCACUUCUCGUCGAGCCAACUCUUUACACCGAUUCCUCGCCCGCCUAACUCUUCAUCCCGUACUUCGGAGGAGCGCUCUUCUUAUCAUAUUCCUCGAAAGUUCGGACUGGAAUGCAACCAUGAGAUCUCGGCCACAACGAGGAAACUCUGGAGCGGAUCAAGGUGCGACUGGGGUCUUCGACAACUUCACAGAUACGUUCAUCAACGCUUUUACAAAGGUUCACAAGCCAGAUAAACGAUUCAUUGAAGUUCGAGAGAAAUCAGAUAAGCUUGAUGAAGAUUUAGGCCAUGUUGAGAAGAUUAUUGCACGGGUAGCCCGACGAGAAGGAGAUCUGGAAACAGAUUACAAAGACCUCGCGGAGCAGUUUCAGAAGCUUAUCAAUCUGGAACCUGGGGUUGAACAAUCGGUACACGCCUUCGCCGCUAGUGUGGAAGAUACUUCUUUGGCGAUGAGGAACCUGAAGGAGCAUACGGACCAGGACUACCUCGGGAGUCUAAGAGAUAUGCAAGCCUACAGCUCAGCAGUCAAGAAUCUCUUGAAAGCACGAGAACAGAAGCAGCUCGACUUUGAGCAGCUCACAGAGUACCUCACGAAGUCAACAUCAGACAGAGAUGUGUUAGCCUCAUCACAUGGCGCAGGUGCACACAUUGGUGCAAGCGGUUUCCUUGCCCGCAAAGUCGAAGAUUUACGAGGUGUAGAUCACGAGCAAUCGAGGAGAGAACGACUCCGUAGAAUCGAAGUUCGGAUUGAAGAACUGACGACUGGGGUCGAGGAAGCAAAGAAGACGACAGAGGCCUUCGAUGAGGAAGUCGUGAGAGAAGUGCAGGACUUUGAGCGAAUUAAGAGGAUUGAGUUUAAAACGCAGUUCGGUGCGUUUGCAGAUGCACAUGUGGACUUCUAUGCCUCGACAAUCGAGAACUGGUCUCGGUAUGUCCAGGAAAUGGAGAACCUAGGAGCGCCAAUUGCAUAGUCAGGUCUAGUUGUAAUGUAGUGGAAUUAAUUGGCCACAUAUCUCUUUGUGCUGGGAUUCAUGCAGGAGGGAUGGCGUUCAGAGGCAUCGGCAGAUAGGGUAGAUGAUUGUUGAUACGAAGAUAUUCGUGAUCGAGUUUAUCAUCGGGCUUCCUUCAUUGAGAUGAUUAUUUACUUCCUGACAUCUUAACUUCCUGACAUCUUAACUUCCUGAC